AUGGCCGUCCUUCUCGUGCCGGUAAUCGCGGCACAGCUCGCUAUGUUUUACGGCCUUGACGAAUACGGGUUCGAUCAGGACGACAAAGACGAGAACCCAGCUCUUCACCGUCCGUUUCUGCUUGAUGCCUCAUUUGACGUACGCGUAUAUUUCGACGAGUUCACCUGUGUCCAGCUGGAGGAGAUCCUUGAGGUCCUCCAGGUUCCCCAAGGACCAAAAGCCGUGACAGUGACAGGGACAACGUCGAUUCGCUAUG